UAAUAAUCGAUCUUAUGGUUUUUUAUCAUCUUUGUUUGAUAAUUUGAUCUGUGUCAUGUCUAUACGAUUAUUUGUGUCAUCCUUAAGAUCGGAUAAACUUGCUUAAUAUUUAAUUUCCGUAGUUUGAAGGAGAGAGAUAUGUCCGAGAUCACUAAUGAAACUUCUGGAAAAGGGACUUUAGCUAACAACGUGAAUGAUUGUGGUUGGAGUCAUUUAGCUCAGUUUUCUGUAGCUGUUGAGAAUAAAGAUCCAAAGAAAUCGAAGUUUUCAGAUACGUUACACCAGUUUUGGAAGAAAGAGCAUGAUUGGGGAUGGAAAAAGUUUAUUGAGUUACCAAAAUUACAAAAUGGAUUCAUAGAUAAGUUUGACUCUCUUGUAUUCAAAGCUCAAGUUCAGGUGAUUAGAGAGUGUGUGAACCGACCUUUUCGCUGCCUUGAUGCUCAGUAUAGGAAGGAACUUCUUAAGGUUUAUUUGAAAGAUGUGGAGAAAAAGUUCAUGAGCUUUGUGGAAGAGAAAAGAAUCAAGCUUAUGAAGGUGAUGGACGACAAAAAGAGAUGGAAGAGCUUAUGUGUCUUUUGGUUAGGGAUGGACCAUAAUGCGAGGCUCGAGAUGUCUCGAGAGAAAAUGGAUGUGAUUCUGAAACUAGUUGUGAAACACUUCUUCAUCAAGAAUGAAGUUACAUCGACUAUUGUGAUGGAUUUUUUGUUUUAUGGGUUAAAGUCUCUUGAAGAAAAAUGGAGAAAAUUAGAAAGACUUGCAAGCGUGGUUGCGAGAGAAUUGAUGAUCAGUAACCAAAUUGAAUCGGCUAUGAAGACUCUUGAAGAGGUAACUAAGAAGGAGAGAAGAAAUGAUGACAAAGAAUUCGCUUUAAAGAUCAAAGAAGACGAAACUAAGAAUGAAAGAACAAUUGAUGCCAAAGAAUUUCAAGCUCUAGUUGCUAGUUUGAGCAAUGAUAUAUUUGUUCUUGUUAAAAAUCCGAUGUUACUUCUAGAGAGAUUUGUUCUUGCGCCAUUGCCUGAAAUGGGUUCUCCAAAGCUUGUGCAGGUUGGCAAUGUCCAAACACAGUAUAAUAUGGAGCGCGAUGAGAAGCAAUUAGCUGAUUAUGGUAGAUGGGCUUUGGAGGUAGUACCAUUGAGCCAAGUCUAUCAGAAGUUGGACGAUGAAAUGAAGAAAGCCAAGCAUUCGACAAACAAGAGACGCAAGCUAGCUCUUGAGGAUGAUGAGAGUGCUGCUGAGACAGAAGAUGACGAGAGUGCUGAGACAGAAGAUGAUGAGAGCGCAGACACAGAAGAGGAUGAUGAUAACAUGACCGUUGCGCAGAGGAUCAAAUCUAGAAAGAAGUCUGGUGACAUAGAGAAUACUGUAGGAGAAAGAAGUAGACUUGUGGCGGAUAACAACGUUCCAGACCUUCCUCAAAAGCUUGCUUAUGGAGAUGAGACAGUAGCAACAACACAAGAGGAAACAGAGCAAAAGAAUGAUGAAAACAAAAACUCUUCUAAUGAAGUAGCUGCUGAGAAGGAAGAAGAUGAUGAGAGAUUGAAACAGAGGAAGCUGGCAAUAAAGGAGCUAGCUUUGAAGACGGAAGCACGAAUGUUGAAGGUGAUGGAAUUGGAAGAUGAAUCUGAUUUCGAGAAGCUUCUCUCAUCUGAUAAUCGGAUCUCCAUCACUGGCUUCGGUUCUCUUCUCUCUGAGAGAAGCGCGAGGAGUACAUUUCCAGAUUUGGAGAAUUUCAGAAUCGCGAAAUUGCAAGGAUUCCGAAGAGUUUUCGCUCACUCUGCUCCCAUCUUCUUCGAGCGUGGAAUCGCGAAUCCUGAAACUAAGGAGAUCUCAAGCUUGAGUGUUGAGCCAUGUGAAGGAGAGAGCCUUGUGGUUACUGUCUUUGAGAUCAAAAGCUCAGAGAUUCCGGCUUUUAUUCGAAGGGAGCUUGAAUUCAGGUUUCUCGCUGUUGUUCCUGAAACAUUGGAAGGCAAACCUUACACCAAUUCUGCGGUACUUUGUGGUCGAUACAGUGAUGAAGAGUUUUUCCAGAUUAGAUGCAAAGGAAACAAAGAGAUUUACUUUCAACAUUAUGGAAGAUUCAACAUCGAGAAGAUUUGGCGGGACGACAUCUUACCUUGUCGUCUCUAUCUAAGACAUUGUGUAUUGGCUGCUAAAAACCUAGGAGAUGAAGCUUACAAUAACUUUCUGGAUCAUACAUUCUUGGGAGAUAGAAAAACGACCAUCAGAGAGUAUUUAAGCAGCACAGGGUCUGGUAUCAUGGAAGAAGAACCACCGGAGGCUCUCAAGUCUAGAUAUGGAGGUUGAUCAAAAACCAAAGAAAAAGUAAAAAAUGAUAUUUCUAUCAAACUUCAAUCGUUACAAUAAAAAUGAACUUGUAGG